AUGCGGCCGCCUUGUGUGUUCUGCAGCGAUGGUUGCCAGAAAGGAGGGAAACUCCUGAAGUGUCUGCACAAAGUGUGUUAUGACUGCCUGACGUGCAACGUUCAGCCGGACGGGAGAAUACGCUGCAAGACGUGUCGACGGGCCACACCUUGUCCGCCUCCUGGUCGUGAUCACGAACAGGUGUUGGUCGACGACUCCAUGCUCAACAACGUUACACAGGGUUCGGAGGAGUUGAGUGCAAGACGAGUGCGCCCCUGUUCUCGUCAUCCGAGCAAAGAAUUGCUGUACUUCUGUGCAGCAUGUCGGGAGGUGGUGUGUGAGACCUGCAAGAUUCAGAGCAGGCAUGCAUCACACCUUGAUCGCAUUGUGCACGCAACCACUGAAGCCACAGCGUUACGGCACCGACUGCACACAGCGCUGAACAAGCUGGUACCUGCGAAAAGGGAGAAAGAAGUAGAACGAAGUUUAGCAUUUGCCGAAGAACUUCUGGAAGCAGCUGAAUCGAAUUUGAAGGCACAUUCCGAAGCCACUUCGACGAUCGGAGAUGUGCUGUUUGCCAGGGAGAUUGACGCUAUUGAAGAUCGCAAGCAGAAACUGCUGAUUUCGUCUAAACCUGUGCCGAUCGUUUGGGACACCCCUUCUCUGCAGGAAAUGCAUCGGCCUCCAACAAAGAUCUUCUAG